AUGAUCAACCAACGUUUCUUGCAAGUAUUGAUGGCAGUCUUUGUCUUGAUCACUGCAUGUGCUGCUCAAAUUGGCACGCAAAUCAACUUUCCAAUCUCCAACAGCACCAUUGAACCCGGGCAAAAGAUUGACAUUGCUUAUGGAUAUCAAAACAUGGGUAAUGGAUCCUAUGUUGUCGACAUUGAUCUCUGGCAAGACAAUACUUUGACCUCUUUGGCCAAGAAUAUCGAUAAAGAUGUCCCUGUUCCCUCUGGCAAUUCCACUGGUACCCAACUCGAUUUCUUUAUGAAUUCUACUUAUAGCUGGUCUGUCCCCCAUGGACUAAACAAAACCGUUUACUUGACUGUCACCACUAAAUCAAAACUUUCCUACUCUAAUGUCGAUUUAAGUAUGCGUUCUCGUGCUAUUGUGCUUCAUGUUAAUGCUGGUAUCAUGAACUUGCCCAUGGAAAAGCUCGGUUUGGCUGCGUUGUCCAUGUUAGUCUUGGGCUUAGUUGGAUUUUUUUAA